AUACUUAUGGAGAAAAAUUAUUAUCCAUAUUAAAAAAAGUCACAGACAAAAAAUAAUAAUAAAACCUUUAUAGUAAAAUUACUAUUAUGCAUAUAGUUGCAUGUGUAAAUUUUGGAUAAUAAAAUAUUAAUAUGGCUUAAACUGUCAUUUAAUAAUUAUAAGGUGAAAGUUUUGAUAUUAAAAAUUAUGAUGAUAUGUUCUAAUCCAUAGAUUUAAAUUAAUUUUCUAAUACAAAUUAUUAAUAUGAAUUAACUGAAGAAGAAUAAAGUAUUCUUAAAUUUAUUGAGUAAUUUGAUGAAGCAAUGAAAUAGCAUGCUAAGAGUAGUGGAAAUAAAAAUAAAAAAUCAUCUUCUUCUCCUUUGGGUGAUGGUGAUGGUGAUGGUGAUGAUGAUGAAGAUAUUCCUUAAUUAAAUAAUAAAGAUUUUGAACCUAAAAUUGGUGGUUUUUCUUUUACAGAUGCAUCUUAAACUGUUUAAUUAGCUUAUAUUCUCGGAAUAUUUUUGGCUAUAUUUUCUAUUAUUUUAUUGG